CUCGUGUAUGCUAACGCUAACGGUCACGAAUAAAAGUGGCAACGUUGCUCUUCGCUUGUUUAGGUUGCGGUGUUGCAGAUACUCGAUGAACGGGUAUCACAGUGUAUCCUCGUUUCUGGCAUUUAUCACAAAUAUAACGUAUUUUUGUAAGUCAAAGAACAUGUGCGUCAUUGAUUGAAGACAUUCUACAUUAUAACUUAUACUAUAAAUGAAAAACCGACGUUAAUUCUUAUCUAUUAAAUAAUAAUAUCGACAUCCAUUGAUUCGGACAAUGGAGUACACGUGUUACUUGAUACAGUAACUGUCGUUAGAUAUACAACUUCAGUCCGCCAUUUUUGUUAGUUGAGUACUUAUGGGCCAGGGACGACUCAUGUUGGCGCGUCAUCGAGGGGCCCAAAUUGUAUUAUCUUCAUCUACGUUAAAAGAAAAGUUGACUCUGUAACAUAGAUCGUAACGAAAAUUGUAUCUAACACAACGUAACAAUUUUGUACGUGAGUGGUAUAGUUAACAAAGUUAUGACACCGAGUGGGCUACAUCGAUUUGGAGGAUCUAUUAAAAGAUAUUAAUUUUUGGAGAUAAAUGGGUGACCUGUGACACUGUCUUGCAUAUCUUACCUUUUUUUACAAUGGAGGCUUUAAGAAGCAAGUCUGUACAUAGUACUGACUCUAUACGUUCAUUGUCUUGUAUCAAUGCGCAUCAUAUUGAUGAAUUAUCAAAAGAAAAAGAAGAUGAAUUAUUAUAUGGAGGCGAUGAUGGCGAUGAAGAGGAUGCACUUUCAGAUGAUAGUAUGCGUUUAAGAUUAUCUGAUGAUGAUGAGGCUGAGCCAGAUGAUAUUUUGACAUCUGUCUUAGACGAUAAAGAACAUAAGCCAAAAAAUAUAAAAAUAGACGUGACAUGUGGAGGGAAUGAAGAUGUGCAAGAUUCACCUGUUCCUGAAAAAAAUGAAAUGAAGAGUGACACAACUCCUUCGAGGGAAAGAAAGGAAGAGGAACAUUGUUCAGGUAAUGUUUCCAUGGGUGACAAAGUAUUAACACAUCAUGCAAAGGAUACCAAAAGAAAUCUAAAUGGAUUGAUGAGGCCACAAAUGAUUAAUGUCAUGCCUCGCUAUCCAUGGCCAAAUUAUGAGUUUCAAGGGAGGUUUGCAAGUACCCCUUACAGUCGGUUUCCCUAUGUCAAUCGUUUCCCUUAUGUCAGGCAUCGGUAUUUGGCACCUAGAGGACAAUUUAGAAAUCCAUACAAUUACAAUACUAGAUUUCACAAUGCAUUCGUUCCUUUUGAAAAAGGAAGAGGCAAUGGAAUGUUUAAUUCAUACACCAACUUUAUAUAUCAUAGAGAACAAACAAGAACUUUCAAACCUUCUCCUACGAAGAGAUUUAAUGCUCAAAGUGAUGUUGACCAAAAUGUUAUGUCCCCUCCAGAUGCAAACUUAUCUUCAAGAACUGUAGCUGACACCAGCAUCAAGGAUGAAAACUGUGCUAAUAAGAAUGAAAUUGAAAAAUAUAAUGACUUAGUUAGUAAAACUCCAAUCAGUAGUGAACAGAAUAACGAUGAUUUAUUGACCUACGAUUUUUCGAAAGAUAUUAGCCUCGAAGAUUUAGAAAAAGAUGUUACUGAUAUCAAUCGUGUUAAUGACCCUUUGGGAUUGGAGAAUGAAACGAAAUCUGUGCAAGAGAAUUCGGCAAUGCCGUCUAAUAAUAAGGAAUGUAAAAAUAAUACGUUUAUUGAUAUCAAUACUACAAAUGAGUCCUCUAAUGGCGUAAUUACAUGUCCUUCACAAAAAUCCCAGCAUGAAAAUAAAGAAGGUGUUAAAGAGGAAGAGAAUAUUGAUACAGGUAAUGCUCAGUUUGAUUGUAAUGGUUCACAGGAUUCUAGUAAUUUUAAUACGCUGGCAACAUUAUUAACCGAAAAUCGCAAAAAUUUGUCCAAUAACGAAGACGUAGAGUUCAUUGAAUUGAAUGACGAAAAUAAUAAAAAAGAUAAUGCCAUUGUCAAUAAAAAAGUCAGUUUAGGUUCGAGUGAAAAAAAGGUAGUUGGGGAUUGUGGACUCACUUCGACUCAACAUUGUAUAGAAAUUACUGAGAUGAUAGAGGUAAUCGAGCAUGAUGCACACAAGGGAAGUACAGUAAAUAAUGCAUUAGCAGUAACUAAAAAAGUGGAAAGUCAUAAAAAGGAAAUCUUAACCGAUAAGGACGAUGUAUUUGUGCAAGAUGCACAAUCAAAUACAAUUGUUGAAACUCAUACCCCCAAGACAAAUGAUAUUAUAUUAAAUGAUCAAAAGAAUAGAGAAGGUAGUAAGGAAACCGAAGUAAAACAAAAUAAUACGAUAUUUGAGCCAUUUAUUAAUGGUGAAAAAUGUGAUAAAGCCCGAUUAAAUGAUAGUGAUAAUAGUACAAAUACUUCUAAAUUACUCCAAUUACUUGUUUCUGAUGAUCAUCCAAUUAGUACUAAGCUUCAGGAACGAAAUAAUACUGUCACCAAGGAAAAUGUAAAAUCUGUAAAAAACGAAAGCCCUAUAGUAAAUUCUUCAGUACAUACUGAAAAGAUGGUAUCCAUAUUGGAUGAAAAUAAUGUACCUAGCGUUGAAUCGCAAAACGAUUUGUUAGGUCUUACUAAUAAAGUAAUGGAUAAUGAUGUUAAUGAGAAAAAAGUUGAAGUUCCAGUCAAUCCAGUAAAUCCUCAAAGAAGGAGAAGACGAACAAAAAAAAUGAUCGCGGCAGCACAAGAAGCUGUUUCGGAAGAAGAUAAGCAAGUUAGGGAGAGUGGAAGGCAAAAGAGAAAAACUGCCAAGAAUGCAGAAGAAAUCAUACGAAAGAAAUUUUUAAAUCACGACAGUGAUUUGGAGUCUAGCGAUAGUUCAGAAAAAUUUGUAAUUGUUAAUCAUAAGGUAAAUGAAGAUGUACGAUCUCUAUCUCCACCGUCUUUAAAACGUAACUGUUCCGAUCUGGAUAAUAUAACGAUGAACGGUAGUAUCAAGAAAAUCAAAGUAAAUACAGACUCAUUAUCUGACGAAUUAUCUUCGAAAGAGAAUGAUUCCGAUAGCAUUAAACAACUCGAUUAUGUUAACAAAUUUUUCCAAAGAGAUCUGAAGGAGAAAUUGCCGAAAUUGAAACAAGAAGAAUUAGAAGAUCUUCUAAUACAGAAAAUAGUUGAAACAAUCACAAUGCGUGGAGAAAUUGGUAAAUUAAGGGAACAGGCACGUAUAUCGGAAAGAAAUCAGGAGGUAACACGUGCAAAGUGUCAACAAUUGACCAAACAGAUCAAGGAUUUUGAAAUGGUCCUAAGUCGUAACGCUGCGGAUCGACGUGCUAAUAAUGAUAAACCUGUUCCGCCGAUUAAAAUUAAUAGAUCCGUCGGGUUACAAGUUAAUUUUAUAACGGACCACGGAAUGCAAUGUUUGCGGCAAAUGCAACCGAACGCUAAUAUAAAAUCGGCAAACAUUUCGAGUAACAGUAAUACCACAUUAAAUACCCCUAGUACUGAUACUAAUAAUUCAGCCAGUCCAAGGAGAGGAAUCAAGAUAAGACCACCUAGGCGAAUUGAAACAGUAGCAGCUCAAAAUGUCGUAGUCUCCCAAAGCCACACUCAAUCUCCAAACAUUGUGCCUACUAUAACACCUGCAGCAUUAGUUGUAGCCAAACCUGUGGAGGCACAGCAUCCUUUACAAUUACCUAAUCAGUCUAACGUUCAACAAAUUAUGUCCAAUUCACCAUUACCACCACAACAACCACAACAAACUAUAGUUCUAAAUGGGAAAUUCACGAACCAACUGAGUCGUCAGAAUACCACAGUGAAUAUUGCAAAACCGAGAGCAAAUGAUUUGAUAGACCUUACGGACGAAGAAGAAAAAAGUAAAGGUACUACCAGUGUACCGAUAGUUACAACUACGAUAACAGAUCAACAAAUCAAUUUAGCACAAAAAGCACAACCCUGUUUCCAAAGGGUAAUUCAAACUAUACCUGGAAAUGUAGCUAUAACGAAUCAACCUCCUAGUAUAAGAGUAGUACAACCUGCUAGCCAACCGACACCCACUGCCUUAGUAAAUAAUAUGAGUGCCCCUCGAUUAGCAUAUGUAAUGCAAAGUGGUGUGGGCCCAACAAGGCUGUUACAAAUAGCACCGAAUUCCGCAACGAUACGGCCCGUAACUUCGUGUAAUAGAACUUCGUUUCCAACUUUAACAUACAAAACUGGAAUAUCAACUGUAGCAAAUGGAACAGUCAGAGUACUGACUACUUCAGCUCCAUCAAAUAUACAAUUGAACAAGCAUCCUGCUCCGUUACCAGACACACGAAAUCAUGCUAUAAAUCCUUUAUGGAAACUUCCUCCACCAGCUCCGUCAUUAAAAAUUUCUAAGGUUGCUAAUGGUAUCGUACUGUCUUGGAAUAUGAAUUUAUCUGACAAGUAUGCAGAUAUUGUUAGUUAUCAAUUAUAUGCGUACCAAGAAGUUGCCGGUAUUCCUCCUAGUACAUCGUCAUGGAAAAAAGUCGGAGAUGUUCGUGCUUUACCAUUGCCCAUGGCGUGCACACUUACGCAAUUUUCCGAAGGCAAUAAUUAUUACUUCGCAGUUCGAGCAGUUGACACACAUUCCCGAAAAGGACAAUAUAGUACACCUGGCAAUAUUUCUUUAUAAAAUAUAUGAUCAACAUUAAGUUAUUUUUUUCCAUCUUACUUUUAACGCACAGUUAUAAUAUAACAAAUCAUGACUCAUAUAACAACAAAUUCUAUACAGUCUUAAAUUAUAGUUUAAUUCGAUCAUGUAUCAUUUAAUUCGAUCUAGUACAUGUAAGAUACAUUUAAUGAAAAAUUUGAGACGUAUUUGUAAUUUAGAAGUGUGCUGUAUAGAAUACGCAUACAAAUGAAUUUGUUGUUUAAUAGUAAGUAUUUGUUUAAUUAUAAGUGAUUACUGUUUUACAAUUACUAGUAAUUACGAUUGCGAAUGUAGCUAAACAUAUUUUUCUUGCUCCUUUUUAUACACCUUUAAUUUAUAAAUUCAAAAAAAUAUAAAAAUAUUACUUGUGACAAUGUAUAUAGUUCAUCAUUCUGUUUUUUGCUUAUAAAAUUGCAAUAUACGAAUUUUUAUAAAAUUUUCGUGCCAUGAUUCAUGAAGUAUUAUUCACGUGUUAUUCAGUAGUAUACAAUAAUUAAGUAUAAAAAUGAAUGUUUAAAAUUUCGUGUAUUCAAAAAUGAUAUAUCCAUAUAAAAAAAAUAACGAAUGACAGUAAAGUGCUGGCAAAAUCUAUGUCUGUACAAAAGUACAUAAAAUAUUCUAGUCAACAAGAAUUUCUUUAGCAAUUAUUUUGACAUUCUCACAACUUGUAAAGACUGCUACAAUUAAAGACAAGUACGGAAUUGCUGAAAAGUCUGAUACUGAUAUUAUUCACUAAAGUGUUCAUAAAGUUGCUUCCUUACUUUACAUACGAAUAAUGCCUAUUUUCACUUUUUCACUAACUUUAAUUUACUCCCAUUGUUACUUUUUAGACGAGUCUCGCUGAUACAUAAUUUGCUCAAUUUUUGAUACAUUUGUAAUAAAUUUUAAGUGUUGAAUGAUAAUAUACACUAUGCAGAUUUCGACUAUAUGAAAGGAAAGCAGGCAAUGAAUUAGUGUGAUUGUACAUAUUAAAAUUAUAUAUUCUGAUCUUUAACAUCUCUGUAACCAGAAUAUAUACGAUCUGUAGUGUAAUUGUCUAAUACAUUUAAGUUACACUCAUAAUUUUUGUGUGAUAAAGAUGUAUAAUAAAGUGAUUGUUCAUUUUUUA